AGAUGUGAUACCAUGUGCCCGGUGUCGGGAUAUAACAACUGGCGACGAGGAUGGGAUCCGCCGCAGGCUUCUAGGAAUCCCACUCUAACCAGCUUGAACUGAGUAUGGCGACCACUGUCGGUAAGUUACCCGAGUUCCAACAAGAGGACGGUAACUUCGAGGUAUACCUGGAGCGGUUCGAAGUAUUUACCGCGGCCAAUGACAUCGCGGAAGACAAGAAGCUUCCAAUCUUUCUAACGGCUAUAGGUGAGAAGGCCUACGUCACGCUUCGGAGCUUGCUGCUGCCUAAAACACCAGCUAAGACGUCAUUCACGGAAGUUGUUGACGUUCUGAAGAAGCAUUACGCUCCCAAGCGCUCCGUGGUCACCGAAAGGUAUCGUUUUUACCAGCGAAAGCAAGAGCCGCAUGAGACUGUCGCAGACUUUAGAGUCGAAUUGAAGAAACUCGCGGCAACAUGCGAAUUCGGUGCCUUUUCGACCGAAGCAUUGCGUGACCGGCUCGUCGCUGGAAUAUGUACCGAGGGAGUACGGUGCAGGCUAUUGGCAAUGCCAGACGAGGAAGUAACGUGGGAACGCGCAUGCAGCGUAGCCAUGGCCAUGGAAGCGGCAACACAAGACACGAAAGAAAUGCUGCAAACCAGUUCUAAAGGAGCAGCUGUAGAAACGGAGGACAUCUACUGGCAACGGAAAAUCUCACAACCGAGUAAAGCACCUUCGAGGGAAGCGCCGACGCAGUCCAGCUGGGACAAGGAAAAUGGGGCAGCGAAAGAACAAACGAAAAGAAUGUGUCAUCGUUGCGGAGGACAGCAUUCACCCGUGAGUUGCCGAUUUCUGAACAGUACCUGUUAUAGGUGUACAAAAAGGGGUCAUGUUGCUAAAAUGUGCAAAUCUGAGCUUGUAAAUAGAGUAGAGAGCGAAGAAUGCGAGAAAGAAAAUACUAACGAACUGCUAUCUCUGUAUAAUACGCACCACAAAGAAGGUAGCAAGUGCGAAGAAAUCUUCUACUUUUCAGCACUAAACGACUUGCCUUUAACGCCAAAUGAUGUCAGUCGAGAAACAGGAUGCGAUAAAGUGCUGAGGGCUGUACGCGACAUGAUCUGGCAUGGAUGGCCCAAGACCGUGUCGGAGCAGCUAAAGCCGUUCUGGCUCAACCCGUACCCUUGUCCUCGUGGCAAAUAUGCCAGAAUCCGUGGGAGCGUGUGCAUUUAG